AUGGACCCGGUCUCUGCGUUCGGGGUGGUCUCUGGUGCUUUUCAGGUUGCUCAAAUUAUCACCCAGACCGCCGCAGGACUGUGGUCCCUGCGCGAAAAAUACGCCCAUGCCGACCUUACGAUCCGGUCGCUCGUGGGCGAGUUGACCACGAUCAAGUCCGCGAUUACUCAAUUGGACGAUUGGGCGCGGUUGCAAAACACCCGGUCAACAGCCGUAACAGCAGAAUACACCGAGUACGAUGAAGGACUAAACGUCGCGCUGGACGGGUGUCGCGUCGUCAUGGACGUUCUCUCCGAGGAGGUUGCCUCCCUCACGCGGGGCGCCGCCGGGACCGACGCUCAUAUCGGCUUCGGGACUCGUCUCAGGGCGAUGUGGAACGAGGACGUGAUGAGAGGGCAUCAGGAGAGACUGCGGUCACAGGUUGUUGCGCUUCAGCUCUUGCUGCAGGCUUGUCAAUGUCGCUCCUCGUCGGAGCAAAUCGAGUUGCUACGGAGAGUAGAGAACCGCCGUAUCAUUCGGAAGGUCGCCGAGGAUGCAGAGACACUCCGGUCAUCGAGUAGCUAUGCCGGCUCCCGCGCUGAUACCGCCAGCCUCAGUCAUCGGCAGUUCUCUGUGGGGGAGACAGGCUUCGAUUUCGAUACGGCUGCAACAGUGUCUGCGCCGUAUCGUCGCGCACUGCAGCCGUGGUCGAGAACCGAGACGCUAUCCACUAUGAGCAGCGGCAAUGACAGCCGGGAGACCGAUGAGGGAUACGGCAGUAUGUCCCAGGCAGAUAGCCUAAUCCUGCCAAUCCGUCCACACGAGUCUAUUGGAAACAGCCACAGCAGAAGCGUAACGCUCCGACCGAACCGCACCCAGCCAAAUCAGAGCGGCAUGCGAAGGUGGAAGUCCGAUUCCACGUCUUCUUCACAGCCUACACGCUCGGCGUCUAAACUAAGCCUGCGGUCAACCUGGCGGCCAUGGCGGCGGUCCAAUUCGACCAAAUCAAACGCUCAACUCGUCCAACAAAUCCCAACUGAAAAUGUGGCUCCAGGCCGACGAUCCAGCCGAAGAGAUGUCACCACGAGCAUCGACUUCGCUUCGCACGAGGGAUCUUCUGCUCCGGCCAUCGUCAAAGCAGCACAAUCCGGCUCUCGAGAGGACGUUGAGCGUCUCAUUACGAGUGGCCACGAAAUCGAAGCCCGUCACAUUCAUUCCCGGAGGAAUGCACUGCUGGUGGCAUCGCAUUGUGGAAAUGAGGCCGUGGUCGACCUCCUGAUCCAGAGAAAUGCGCGCCUGGGUGCUACCGAUGCGUCAGGCUGGACAGCGCUUCAUCUUGCCGCCUCCCGUGGUCACUGCGGUGUGCUUGAGCUGCUUCUGCUUGAGGACGUGGAUAUCGAGGCCAGGACUUCGAACGGCCGAACUGCUCUCUGGAUUGCGGCCGAACAGGGCCAAGUUGAAGCAGCACGCAUAUUGAUCGAGAAUAACGCAAAGGUCAACACACGAGCAGACAAUCAUAUGACACCGUUGCAUGUUGCAGCCAAGGUCGGUGAUGUUGCGACGAUUGAGCUCCUCGUCUCAUCCAAGGCAGAUGUCGAGGCGAAAGAUGGCCUGAUGAUGACCGCCCUCCAUUAUGCUUGCGAAGGAGGCCAUCUGGGGGCAAUUAAAGCCCUGAUCAACAACAAAGCCAAAGUUGACACGUUAGGAAGCGAUCGCAGGACGCCGCUGAUCUGCGCCGCAGCGAUGGGCCAGCUGGAGGCCACGCAGUUGCUUCUCAAGAUGAAGGCAUCCGAGCGACAUGCUGACGAUGCUUCUAUGACCGCAUUGCAUUGGGCCGCCUUUAACGGGCAUACGGAGGUUGUAGAAAUCCUCAGCCAGAAGAAAGAGGCUCUGACCAUCACAAAUAUCGCCGGACGCACGGCUCUACAUCUCGCAGUCAUGAGAUCGCGCUUUGCCGUUGUGGAACUACUCCUCCGCAAAAGAACUCUGGUCGAAGCUCGGUGUCUUUCUGGGAUGGCCGCCUUGCACUACGCAUGCAUGGCCAACAACAUCGAGAUCGCGAGACUGCUCCUCCUAUCAGGUGCCGACAUAGAAGUACCGACGGAAGAUCAGCGAAGGCCUAUUCACAUCGCCGCAGCGUGCGGGUCAAUGGCCGUGCUCGACCUGCUUUGCGACAAGGGCGCAUCGUUAGAAGCACGAGAUGCCUUGGGAGAUCGGGCUCUCUGCACAGCAUGUCGACACGGCCACGCAGCCGCAGUUCAGAACCUGCUGAAUCGGGGCUCUCCGCUGUAUUUACAGUACGAUACUCGAAAUAAGGAGGACUCGCCGCUAUGUCUCGCUGCAAUGGGCGGACAUCUUCCCGUCGUCAACAUCCUCCUUGAGAGAGGGGCAUCGGUGCUCAAACGAGACGAAAUGGGAUGGCCUCCACACUACCAUGCCAUGCACCACGGACACCCAGACGUCCUCCGUCUUUUACUAGCACGCAACCCGGCAGAAGUAACUGCAGGAGCCCUCAAUCUGAGCCAGACAAUGUCGAGGGUCGGCUUCUCACCAGUAAACAUUUCCGAAGCCCGAAAGCGAGAGGUGCAUGAGGUGUUGAGUCAGAUGCAGCGUUCCUCAGCUGAGACAGGGGAAGCAGCUCCGCCCCUGUCAUCUCCCUGGGCCAACGACCGAGAAAUUUCCCAACGAAGGCCCGAGUACAUCACUGUCCCUCGGAGCCUCCAAGACAUACCGGAGACGAACAGCACACGGCACACUCCACGCCCCGACUAUCCAAGCGGGCCCCAGGAAUUGCCAGGCACGCUGGAGCAGGGACUCCCGCCUAGCAGAUCCCGGACGCCGGAACAUUUGAGUGGGGGGGUCGAUUCGAAUGCAGCGACUCAUGCCGAGGGCAGCAUCGUGCCCGCUCCAGCGUCGAGGGAAGGCUCCUCCGCCUGGACAAAUCAGAUUGUAAUGCCGCGGGCGCAGCGUCCAGGGCUAGCAGGCCCCGUAAGACAAGCUCCUAACAACCCCCUUCCGAGUACAGUUUUAGAUCUUCUAGAAGAGUGGUCCCAGCAACGAUCCACCGUAUCGCCUGUCUCCGUGGCGCCUGGUCAACCACCGGCUCCUGUGGAGAAUCCACCAGUCGGGUUGAGCAAGUUGAAGAACAGUCCUGAAAGGCUACCGAUAGCAGACAGAGCGGACGAGUCAUCCGACACUGACUCGAUGACUUCUGUACAUACGGCCCCUGAGGAGGCCCCUGUUGAUAUGAAAUUAUAG